GUGUGGGAAAUGGAGAGAAGAUUGACAGGAAAGUUAGGAACUGGAGACAAAUUAAUGCAGUUCAGGCGAGGAUAUACCACUUUAGACAUUGCUGACUCACUGAGUGAGGAUGAGAGUAAUAUCCAGAAAGCUCUCAAGGUCCUGAGAGUGCCGAAUGGAGUCUCUGUAGCUGAUGCUAUCGAGAUCAUGAAAAAGCACAGUCUUGAUGAUGAAGAGGAUCAAGAAUUUAGCACACAGGAGUUUGAAAUGGGUAUACUAGAGUUGUUUGACCUCGAAGAAGACUAUGACGUCCUUGAUCAGAAAUCAAAAGACUCUAUCAAGCAAGCUAUUGAAGACCUCUUCAUGGAAUUCGAUGUUGAUGACAAAGGAGCUCUGGAGAUUAAACAUCUCGAACAGGGAUUCCGCAAGUUUCUACCAGACAAUGCUCAAAAAUUUACUAAAAUAAUCAAAAACCCAACAAAUAUAGCUACUGUUGAGAAGCUAUACGAUGAAAUUGAUGCAGAUAAGCAGGGAUUUGCCUCUACUGAAGAUUUUGAGAAAUUUUUGGAGCCAUAUUUUGACGACGAUGAGAGAAAAAGACAAUUUGCAAUCAUGUGCACCCACGAUGCUGAUGAGAACCACUCUGGAAAUGUCAGCAAGCUCGAAUUCAUUAAAUGGAGUGAAACAAGAGGGUACAUUCACUUCAUCAACGUUCUUGAAGGGAAGUGUAUCCCAGACUCUUUCGAUGACUCUCCAAGAAGCUUCCAAGAUACCCAACCUGAGAGGAGCUCUAAUGCUACUAAUUUCCGAUCAAAAACCAUGAGAAUCCCUAAAAAGAAAGAAAUAGAGUUCAACAAUAUCUUUGCAAAUAAAAACAAGGAAGGAUUAUCAAAAGCAGUCAAGAAGUUGCAGGAGAAGAAGAAAAUAUCAGACUUCCAGAAUAUUUUUAAGAGCAUUGACUUCCGUGCAGCUAUCAAGGACAUCAAAACUCUGUCCCACAACAGUGGAUUGUACCGUAUAAACCCUCUGGAACUUAUUAGAUACCUAAAAAUGAUACUGAAGGAUUAUGCAGAAGGCUUCAAUGAAGAAGAAUUUAUAGAAUUCAUGUUCAAAUACACUAAGCAGGAAAAGCUCACUGCUUAUCAAAGGAAAAUUAGAGAGAGCGCUCUCAGAAAAAUAUUCGUGAUUAUUGAUGUCGAUGGAAAUAAAGUUGCAGAUUACACUGAGCUCACUGAAUGUCUCGUCUUCCUUUGUGGAGGAAGUAUAGAGGAGAAGAUCGAAUCAGCCUUCUUGCUAUUUGACAUCGAUGAUACAAAGACAUUCAGUCUUGAUGAAUUCACUGAUUUCAUUGGAGUCUUGUUCAGAAUAUUCCUGAAUUUCUUGAGCGACCAUAACCCUCAUUACUUAGAACUCGACUAUAGAGAGCUCACAGAGCAAACAGCAGAUAAGUGCUUCUCAGAUCUCCAGAAAAGUCCAGCCGGGGAGAUCUCCCAUUACGAGUUGUUAUUUUGGGUAACCGGUAAGAGGUUCCUAUCAAAAAGAAGAGAGCAAAUAUUAGAUAAAUACAAGCCUCCUUCGAAGGCAAUUCUGCUGAAGAACAAGAUUGAGAAGGUAAAUUCCUCUCUCAAGAGAAUCCUCAACUCUGAAGAAUUAAUCUCAAAGAUUGAACAUUACAGGAGCUCACUGCUUAUCGAUAAGAUCAACAUCUACGACUGAAUGGAAGCCUUCAAGAACUCAGAUGAGUACCUUAAUGAAGAAAAUGAAAGAGGAGGCGUCAGGAACAACAGUUUUAUGAGAGGUGGUAAAGAGAUCUUCAACAGGCAUGACUUUUCAAGGAUCCUCACUGGAUUGCUAAUCAAGAAGAAAGUUAUAGAUAUUGAUAAGAAGCAUAGACUCUCACACCCUAUAAACAAGCUGUUCAAUGUCUUGGAUAAAAAUGUGGAUGGUAUUGUGGAGAUCGAGGAUAUCCUAGCCCUCACCUUCUGCUGCAAUAGCAGCAUUGGUGACCGCAUCAAGGUCCUCUUUGAGUUCUACGAGACCUAUGGAGACGGCACCAUCGGCUUUGAGGAACUACAGAAGUACUUCAGUUGUUGUUUUACAAUGUGAAAAUGGGAAGCGCUUGAUAUUUUUGAUAUUGAUAAGCUUACUAAAGCAACUGCUGAAAACUGCAUGAAGUUUAUCCUAACAAGCAGAAAAGAAGAAGCUGAUCAAGAGAAAAUUGAAAAUGAGAAGAUCAGUAUCGAUGAGCUUAGAAGCUGGGUGUCUUCAAACAAGUUUGGAACCUUCUCAAAAAGCGAGGCCGCAGAGCUUUAAUAGCAAAGUUUCAAUCAUCA